AUGGUCUACCUCGUAACAACGGACCGCAUCCUCGCUGCCCUGGAGGCUGUCCCGGCCUCCCAGCGCGCCGAACUAGAUCUGCCUGCUUCCCUUACUCGCCACGGUCCCAUGGCGCACGAGCAGCUCCUACGCCUGGCGAAACACCUCCAAUCCGAAGCUGCAGACACGACUACGCACACCCUACCGGGCCCAACAGCGUUGAGCUCCCUCUUGCGCGGGACAAAGGUCUAUGUUCCUCCGCCGCCCAAGAAACCCGAACCAAGCCCCGAAUACCUCGCCUCCAAAAAACGCCUCCUCGCCCUGCAAGACGAAGCAGCCUACCAGCGCCUCCUGCACCCAACCGGCAACCAAACCCCCGAAGACCCCUACACCUACACGCACCCCUCCGCCAUUUCCCAAAACGAAGCCGCACCUCUCUUGGAAGAAGACACCCUGACCCCCUCGCUGGUCGUCAAUAUCUUUCUCUCCGUGCUGAUAACGGGGUUCAGUGUGUACUGGGCUCUAUCGAAGUUCGCGAGCGCGGACGUUCUUGCUACGGUGUUCGCGUCAUGGAUGGGGUUGCAGAGUGAACAGCAUCAACAACAAUCCUCAGAGUUAAAGUUGCAACGAUACGGUGCGUCAGAGCCAGUGCGCGUGCUGGUAUCGAUAUUCGCGGCGUUGGCGGUUGCGGUUGCGGAGGCGUUCUUGUAUGCUGCUUAUUUGGGGAAGAUCCAGAGGGCUAGAGCCCGGGAGAGGGGGAUGAAGGAGAGAAAGGUGUUUGUUGGGGCUGUGGGUGCUGAUGCUGAUACGGACAACAAUGAUGUCAAUCGCGGUGGUGGUGGUGGUGGUGGUGGUGAGGUGAGUCCGAGCUGUAAGAAGGAAGAGGUGGAGAUUUGGGGACGAGGCGAGAAUGGGGGUGUGAGGCGGAGGGUGAGGGAGAAGUGGCAGAGAGAUAAGGAGAAAGAGAUAGAAAAAGAGGAGAAGGGGGAUCUAUGA